UGUCAACAUAUUUGUAGCUGACUUCCUCAACUUUGUACAAACACAAUUGCAAAGAUGACAGAGGACGACGUGGAGGACGCCUUUGCCCAGCUGGCCCUAGCGUUCCGCUGUGACCAGUACACCCUGAAGAGGAGGCUGCUGGCGGAGGAACAUGACCGCAGUGUGGCUGAGGAGAACCUCCACCUGGAGCUUGGGAGGAGCAAAGAUACGCUGCAGUCCCUCAAGCUGAGGUGUCAGGACGCCGCCCGCAGAGAGAUCCUGGAGAGGCUGGAGCUCAGUCUGGAGACCAUGGGUGACAUGCUGGAGAGCAUUGUCAAUGCUGCCGAGCAACUGGGAGCUGUGCACCAGGAGGCGCGGGUGAGCCAUUCUGUGGAGCUGAUGGUGGCCCACGUGGAGAACCUGAAACGUCGCCAUGCGAAAGAGAGCUCCGAGCUUGAGGAGACCAGGAAACUGGUGCAGAGGAGUCGUGGUCGGCUCUGCAGUGAUUCCACAGAUGACGGUGAAACGAGGCAUGGUAUCUUAAGACAGUCUUCCCAGCAGUACCUCACUCGACGGAGGGUCAGCAUCACUCUAAUACCAAUGCCUGCUCAGGGUGGUGAGGUGGAGUCAAAGUAUAUAGACAGCAUCAAGACCAAUGGGGACAAUGACUCUUUGGGACCACCAGAGGGCAGCACUAUACAGCCAGAUGGCAGCCAGCAUGUGGCCUCUAAAGAAGCUCUGUCCAGGCCCAGCGCCCCUCAGGCCCCAGCGGAAGUGGUUUCUCUGCCCCAGGCAGGACAUCCUGUACACAGACAAGAGGAGGGACCCACCACCCUGUAUCUCAAUAGUCCUGUCCAGGACACUGUGCGUCACAGAAGAAGGAGCAGGGCAGGGGUGCGGGAGGACUCUGAAGCGGACAAGGACUCGGGCGCGGACAGUGAGCGCCAGUACAGCGACUCUGACGAUUUUGCCCCGGACUCGCAUAUGACUGAACAGCAUCCCCUGGCGUCCUGGAUGUCUCAGUGCUACUGGAUAACCGUCUGGCUUUUAGUGAUGGCACUUUCCAUUCUGGUGUUUUUGGUCGUCUUACUGUGGCGUCUAAGAGCUCCCGUCGUCUGGCUGUGAUUCCCCACCUCAGAGAAGUCAGCCAUGACAGGCACCCUGCUGUCUGCCUGCAAAUUUGACUCUGACAGACAGCGGCCAAGUGCCAUUGAUGUCCAAGGUCUCCGUAGUCAACACCAAUGGACUAUGCACAGUACAUACUGCCAU